UGUCCACUUUCUUUCUCUCCCACUGCUGUGGACGGUGAAGAGGCUACAAACAAACAAACCAAAUUCAGUGCUUGUGUGUGGAGGAAAAAAGAGGGAUGGAGUGAUUGCUACAGGAAUGGAGGGAGGAAGACAAAGAGAGUGAGGAGGAAGGAUAGACUGUGCCUCCAUGUCCCUUAAGUGAGUCUGCGUUCAGUGUCACAAGAGCUGAAGACUCCUUCAUUUCUCCUUUGACGCUGUAUUUCUUCAGUGGACUGACCUCGUGUUUGACCCUCAACAUUGGGAUGUUUUAUCUGUCAUUUUUCCUCCUAAGAUGCUGGAUAUUAAAAACCUCUGCAGGGCAACAAGUGGCUCUCACUGGAGCUUUGCUUACUGCUGACAGCUGAUGUAGAGUCGGGUAUUUCCAGCGCUGACACUUCACACUGCAGUGUCACUCUCUGUGCUCUGUACAGUGUCAUGCAAAACAUACCCGACACUUGCUCAACACUCUGGAAAUACAAAUAAAACUGCAACUCUGUGAAGUUCACCUGUGAGGGAGCACAAGUACUGACAGACUGAAAGAGAUUUCAUGAACUUCACCCACACUUUUGUUGUUGUUGUUGUUGAUUUGCUCACAGCUGCAGAAUUCUGAGCCUGGAUUUCCAAACAAGACAAAUAUUGGAUGGAAGAAGUGACAACAGACUAAAAGCAGAUGGAGAGGAAAUUAAGUACUCAGGAGGAGGUGAAGUUUGGUGGAGCAGCCAUGUCCCUGCCCUCAGACCUGAGCUACCUUCAGGACAGUGGGGGAGCUGAUCGAGAGGCGGCGCUGGCGACGCUGGAGAAACAGCUGAUUUGUCCAAUCUGCCUGGAGCUGUUCAACAAGCCUGUGGUCAUCCUUCCCUGUCAACACAAUCUGUGCAGGAAGUGUGCCAAUGAGCUCUACCAGCCCUCACUAUUCCAGGCUCGGACCACCAUGAUGGUGAGCAGUGGUCGUUUCCGAUGUCCGUCCUGCAGACAUGAAGUGGUGCUGGAUCGCCACGGCGUCUACGGCCUUCAGCGAAACCUGCUGGUGGAGAACAUCAUUGACAUCUACAAACAGGAAGUCAGCAGCAUUAACAAUGCGAGCCCCCUCCCUCUUCCUCCACCUCCUGCUCAUCUGACGUGUUCAGACCAUGAAGGCGAGAAGGUGAACAUCUACUGUAUCACCUGUCAGGUUCCCACCUGUUCUCUCUGUAAAGUGUUCGGGGCUCAUCAGUCCUGUCAGGUGGCUCCACUGACAGACAUCUACCAGCAGCAGAAGGAUGCAUUGAACAAAGAAGUUAGUUCUGUGGCGGCAAACAACGAUAAAAUCCAAACUUCGAUCAACGAGCUGGAGGAGACCAUCAGAAAAAUAGAGGAGAACUCCAAGUCUCAGAAACAGAGUGUGUGUGAUGAGUUCAACCACAUGAUGUCUAUCCUGGGAGAGAGACACAAGGUGAUGGCACAGCAGAUCACCGCUGAGCAGGAGGAGAAGACAGGUCACACUCAGGCCUUGAUGCGUUGCUAUGGAGACAGUGUGGAGACCAAUGCCAAACUGAUGGAGAAAGCAGUAAGCAGCAUGGAGGAGUUGGACAUGGCUGAUUUUGUCCAGAAUUCUGGAGAGCUCAUCAAAAAAGUGACUGCUGCGACCAGCUCCUGCCCGACUGAGAAGCUGAAUCCAGGUUAUGAGAAUCUGGGUCCCUACGUAUUUAAUUUCAGGAGACAGAAGAGAGCUCUGAAGAGCAUUGACUUUCCUAAAGUUGUGGAGGAGGUUUCUGAAGAACCAGAACCAGUGGAAUUAGAGCCAGAACCCUCUGCCCACAACACUGAACCAGAGCGCCACCAGGAAAGCUCCACGCACAACCUGGGAUCUGAAGCAGAACCUGUUACAGAGACAAUCCCAGCAGUGGUAUCACCACCGGAGGAACCACCUCCAGCCCCGAGUCCACCUGCUCCACAACUCCUCAGAGACUCUGUGGACCCUGCAGGGGCAGGUCUGCAGCCAGAGACUGAAGGAACAGACGUGAACGAUGAAGAAUCAGAUCAGAUUGCGGAGGAUGACGAGGACGAGGAUGAGGAGGAGGAGGAGGACGAGGAGGAGGGGGAGCAGGAGAGAAACGAUUUGGCAGAUGGAUGUGACGUUCCGUACCCUGUCAAAGAGGCAAACAUUUGUGAACAGCAGGAGGGAAUGAGCACCCAACAGUGCGUGGGGGGAGGGGCAGAAAGUGGAGUGAUUGAUUGGACGGCACAGGGACAGACAGAAGAGAAGCUUGAUGUGGAUGAAGAAGGACAAAUCCAGCUGAAGGAAGGAACAGCUCCCAUGUUUUACCCCAGCUGGUACAAACGCGGGGCAGUGGCCGAGGUAAAACUGGAGGUCAGGACCCAGACUGUGGCGCAUGAGGCAGUGUUUGACCUCCAGGUCCAACCACCACUGGGUCAGAAUGUCCAGCCCCUGUCUGAAUCCCAGACUCAGAUGCGGGACCAGGACUUGUCUUAUCCUAACCACCUCCCACUCUCCACUCAACCUCACACCCAGCCAAUAUGUUUUCCUCUCCCUGAAGCUCUGCACCACACAGAGAACCAAUCCCCAAAUCUGCGUCUUCUUUGUGAAUCCCAGCCUCAACCCUAUGAGAUUCCUGACAACGGGGCAUUUAUAUCUGUUCCCCAAGUGCAGCAAACAGCAGGAGAUGGGCAUGCAAUUGAAACGGGAGACAUGCAGAACCAGAUGUGCCACUCUGGCACUGUGGAAGGUAGUUUUGGUCUUGGAGAUGGUAGUUUAGACGUUUCUUCUGGUAAUAAGGACAAAACAUUGUCCAUACUGCCAGAGGAGACUAGUUUAGAUAUUGAUAAGGGCAAAUUAGAGCUCAAAGGUACAAGUGUAGAGCAUCCAGAAGAGAAAGCGGAGCUUGAAGAAGACAGUUUAGGUCUUAACGUCGCUUCGGAGCUGAAAGAAAAUGGGUUGGGAGAUGAAGUGAAAGUAUUUGAAGAAGGACGUGAGGUGCCGAGGAAGGAUUUCUCUGAGUUAGAAUGGGACAUUGCUGCUAAGACAGAGGAGAGCUCUAAAGUGAAAAACGAAACCCUCGGCGAAGGAGUGCAUCACAGUGGGGAGAGUAAGAAUAACACGAUAGAAAACUCAGGUGCAGAGUUUGAGCUCAGUAGUUCAGUGUUUGCAGAAAAUGAACAUGAGGACGAGGAAAACAACAAAGAAACUGGAGACUUUAAAGCCAGAAUGGAAGCGCGUGUUGCUGAGAGCAAAGAGAAAAUAACCACCCACGUUUUCCUCCAGGUCAGUGCCACGCAUCCGAUUCUAUCAUCAUCAUCACCAUCAUCGUCGUUGCUGCAAUCACCGACCAGGCUCUUGCACUAUUCACCCAUCUGUUGAUGUGUCCACACAUCCACAAACUUGGUUGUUUUCUGUCCAUGUCGCUUCUCGCACCUUGGCUGCCACCCCUUCUGUCUUCCAGGUGUCUAAUUUAACAACGUAUUUAGUUUCGAUGAAGAUCUGCCUCUGGAGCUUCUUCUGAAUCUCACCCAGUUAACAAUAUUCUUCAGAACAUUGUGGGAGAAUUAAAAUACACGACUAAAUGCAACCACUGCAACAGAUUGAUUACCGUCCCUCACAUUAUUAUAUUGUUAGUGUGAGAUGUUAUAGCUGCUCAGGAAACAGCUGAUCAUACUUUAUAAAACAAUUUCUGGGUUAGGCCAGUGGUUCCCAACCACAAUGUUUUGGACUUUCUUUCCAAUUUUAGUGUUUUGUGCAGAGGAAACAAAGUCUUUAUAUGAGGAAACCAACUGACAUACAGAUGUCACAGGAGCUGAAGGAAUCCAGCACAAAUAUCUAACCACAAACUCAUCAUUUAGAUGAAGAAAUAAACAUCACAUUAGACAGACAGACCAUCCCUUGUCCUUCACCAUGGAGCACCAUCUCUUCCUUCACUUCAAAAUUUUUCAUCAAUCACCAUCCUUUCCUUCAUGAUCAUCUCCGCUAAUUUCUCUCUGCCACCUCUCCUCCAUGUUUACCAUCUCCUCCCUCUCUCUGUUU